GUCAAACGCCUUAAGUGGUUGGCGCCUGCAAUAGAAUACCGAUCUACGCUUCUACAGUAAACGCGGCUGCACAACCACUGCCACUCGCAGCCCAGUGAACCGACAUCAUGGUGUCCAAAGCGCUACUCGUGGCCCUCGUCGCCCUCUGCUCUGUGCACACGCUCAACGCGUGGCCAUGGGACAGGAAGACAACUACUGUCAGGACGACAACUACCACUGUGCCUGCUGUUAUGAGCAGGGAGAAGUUUUUGGGCCUUCUUAGCCAGGCGGCUGAAAAUGUCACCGCGGAGGUUGCGAAAAGCCACCAACUCGUGCAAGAAGCUGACGCAGCCGACAAGGCUGGACAAGGCAUUACGAAAGGCGUAGCAGACGUGAGUGCUUACACGAAGAAGUUCACUGACCAAUUGAAUGACUACGCUGCGAGAGUCAUCAAAAAUACCGUCGACACGGCACCCUGCGUUGACAGAUACAUGGACGACAAGGCUGAGAUCGAGGCCUACUCCGUCGUCGGAGUAAAGGACUUAAUCCAGACCGAUAUGCAGGACGUGCGCGACACCGCCGUCAAAGCAGACGCCCUGCUGGAGAAGAUUGCCUCCGUGAAGGCGCGCGGCGAGACCGAGGCGGCCAAGCCCGACGGCGAGUACGGCGGCGACGUGGACGCCAUCCUGAAGGACGCCGACGAGCUCGUCAGCACGGCUGUGUGGAACAACGAGCACAUCAACACCUUGGUGUACGACUUCAAGUUCGCCGCGGACGUGACCAUCACCCUCAGUGACGCUCCAGACGACAUCAUGGCUGCCCAGGGCUACGGCACGCUUUGCAUGCGACGUGUUGGCCGCAGUCUCAGCCAGCAGUAGGCGGCUCGCCAAAGAUGGUUCGAGCUAAGGGCUGAACCGUUGAAUUACACGAUGAAUAUUGAGCACGGA